UUCUCACUUUCUGUUUUGUCCUUUCCAGUUUGCUCCCAGUUCUCCAAAGGUGUGUACGCCAUCAUUGGCCUCUACGACAGGAAGACUGUAAACAUGCUCAUGUCGUUCUGCGGCGCGCUGCAUGUCUGCUUCGUCACGCCAUCCUUCCCCAUCGAGACCGCUAACCAGUUUGUCAUCCAGUUGAGGCCUGAACUCCAGGACGCUCUGGUGGGAGUCAUCGAGCACUACGGGUGGAACAAGUUCGUCUACAUGUACAGCUCCGACUCAGGGCUUUCGGUGCUGCAGAAGGUUCUGGACACAGCGGCGGAGAAGAACUGGCUGGUGACCUCGGUCAACGUGGAGAGCAUGACGGGGGACUCCUUCUUGAAAGUGUUCAAGGAUCUGGACAAGUGGAAGGAGGGGAAUAUUAUCAUUGAUUGUGAGACCGAGAGACUUACUGGCAUUCUCAAAGAGAUUGUAGAACAAGGAAAGAACGCAAAGAGCUUCCACUACAUCCUCGCCAACCUGGGUUUCCUGGACAUUGAYCUGACAGACCUGAGGAAAGGCGGCGCCAACAUCACGGGCUUUCAGCUCGUUAACAACUCCGAGCCGAGCGUGAGCCGCAUCGUCCAGCAGUGGAUGGAGUUUGACAACAAAGACUCCAAAAUGCCCAAGACUGGACUCAAAUACAUGGGCGCGCUGACAUACGACGGGGUGAAAGUCAUGUCCACAGCCUUCCAGUACCUGAGGAGACAGAGGAUAGACAUCUCUCGCCGCGGCAACGCUGGAGAGUGUCUCGCCAACCCGCCAGCCCCUUGGGGACAGGGCAUAGACAUCCAGAGAGCCUUGCAGCAGGUCUGCACUCGUGCGCAGAGACACAACACUCCACACACACGCACACACACACACACACAGAGGCAUGAAUACCCCAACUCUGUUGGCUACUGGAAUGAAGAUGAGAAGUACGUGAGCACAGCCAGCCUCUCCAGGGUCAAUAAUGACACACACGGACUGCUGAACAGGACAUAUAUAGUCACCACUAUUUUGGAGUCUCCCUAUGUGAUGCUAAAGAAGAACCACGAACAGCUCGUAGGAAACGAUAAGUACGAAGGCUACAUUGUAGAGCUGGCUGCAGAGAUAGCAAAGCACGUGGGCUACCAGUACAAGCUUAAGAUCGUUUCCGACGGCAAGUACGGAGCCAAAGAUCCUGAAACCCAGAAGUGGAACGGCAUGGUUGGAGAACUGGUCUAYGACAAAGCAGAUCUGGCUGUCGCCCCGCUUACUAUCACUCUCGUCCGCGAAGAGGUGAUAGACUUCUCCAAGCCCUUCAUGUCUCUGGGUAUUUCUAUCAUGAUCAAGAAACCCACAAAGUCCAAGCCUGGCGUGUUUUCCUUCCUGGACCCGCUGGCUUACGAGAUCUGGAUGUGCAUCGUGUUCGCCUACAUCGGCGUCAGCGUCGUCCUCUUCCUCGUCAGCCGAUUCAGCCCUUACGAGUGGCACGCCGAAGACUACGAGGAGGGAGCCGAGCCUCAGACUCCCACGCAAGCGGCGGCCUCCAACGGCGUGCAGCCGAGCCAGACGCCAACGCAGCAGAACGCUAACCAGCAGAGUCCAGAACAGACCAAUGAGUUUGGCAUCUUCAAUUCUCUUUGGUUUUCGCUCGGCGCCUUCAUGCAGCAGGGUUGUGAUAUCUCACCACGCUCUCUGUCUGGUCGCAUUGUCGGCGGCGUCUGGUGGUUCUUCACCCUGAUCAUCAUCUCGUCCUAUACGGCCAACCUGGCCGCCUUCCUGACCGUGGAGAGGAUGGUGUCUCCUAUAGAGAGCGCCGAGGACCUGGCCAAGCAGACGGAGAUCGCCUACGGGACGUUGGAUGCCGGUUCGACGAAAGAGUUCUUCAGGAGGUCAAAGAUCGCUGUGUUUGAGAAGAUGUGGUCCUACAUGAAGUCGGCGGACCCGUCAGUGUUUGUCAAAACGACGGACGAGGGAGUGAUGCGGGUCAGGAAAUCCAAAGGCAAGUACGCCUACCUGCUGGAGUCCACGAUGAACGAGUACAUAGAGCAGAGGAAGCCAUGUGACACGAUGAAGGUGGGAGGAAACCUGGACUCAAAAGGUUAUGGGAUUGCCACGCCCAAGCGCUCCCCUCUAAGAAACCCAGUAAACCUGGCAGUGUUAAAACUGAACGAGCAGGGCCUCUUGGACAAAUUGAAAAACAAGUGGUGGUACGACAAAGGAGAGUGCGGCAGCGGGGGAGGGGACUCCAAGGACAAGACGAGCGCUCUGAGCCUCAGCAAUGUGGCAGGAGUCUUCUACAUCCUGAUCGGAGGCCUGGGCCUGGCCAUGCUGGUGGCACUGGUGGAGUUCUGCUACAAGUCCCGGACCGAGUCGCGCCGAAUGAAGCAGUCCAUCAACGAUGCCAUGCGCUGCUCCACCUUGACCAGGAUGAGUGGUAAYGGGAGCGGAGGAGAGAACGGACGAAUCCUCACCCACGACUUCCCCAAGACRGUUCAGACGCUGCCCUGUAUGAGCCACACCGCCAGCAUGGGACUGGGAACCUCCGGCAUGUGAUCACCACCAUCUCGUCCCGCUGGGAUYGACGGGACCGUCAGGGUGGGGUGGGGCGGGGCAGGGCGGGAG